AUGCAGAGCGCGGAGCGCGGGGCGGGCCCGGGGCCCGCAGGCUUCUGGAGACCCUGGGUGGACACCCGCGGCGGGACGGAGGCGAUGCCCGAUGGCCCUGACGUGACCGAAGGCUCGGGAAAGCUCGCCCAGGCUGGACACCCCGUCAGACUAUUUUGGCCAAAAUCAAAGUGUUACGAUUACUUAUAUCAGGAAGCAGAAGCUCUUCUGAAAAAUUUUCCAAUUCAAGCUACAAUUUCAUUUUAUGAAGACUCUGGUAGUGAAGAUGAAAUUGAGGAGCUGACCUGUGAAAAUUAAUCUGAUUAAUAACUUUUGAAGACAUUCAAAGCUUGUAGAAUUUAAGUUUAGUGUAUAAAUGUAUCAUAAUCCUUUUAAUUUAUUUGUACAUAAAUUAUUAAUAAAAUGAAAUAUUUUGUAA